AGUGAGAGAAAGAAGUAAAAAGAGAGAAAAAAGAAGGAAAGAGAGAGACAGAAAGAAAGAGAUAGGAAGAGAAAAAGGAAGAAAUAGAGAAAGAAAGGAAGAGAGAAAGAAGGAUAAGUAUGUCAAGCCCGCACACCCCAAGCUUCGCUUGCCCCCGUUUUCCCUAUAGGGGAAAAGCCUGAAUUUUUCUUUGAGUCUUUCAACCGUGCGAGAAAUAUAUGUCGUAUUUUUUGUGAGCUUUGAUGCUCCAUAAUCGUUUUUAGUUCAUGCGCAGAAUAACAAAAGCCAUUCUACGCUGACACAGUUGCGUUCGCAAUAAAGAUAAGCGAUUUCCACUGUAUACCCGCCCGUCUCAUAAAUGCUGCUGCUUUUCAGGCAGCAGCAGUGAAGCUCUCGUAUAUACGAACGACAGGUUUCCGGACCUGUCUGCCUUACGAAAGUUCCAUUCGAACGGGACUGGUGCAGAAAUCGUGCGCACAGUACAGCAGGAACAAGAUGGCAGCAACAGUGAAGCCUUUCGCCGGACGCCUGGCCCUGGUGACUGGAGGAGGCGGCGGAAUCGGGGAGGCCGUCUGCACACUCCUGGCAGCCGAAGGUGCUAUCGUGGUCGUCGCUGACGUACAGCUGGAAGCCGCCAAGAAAGUGGCGGAUUCUUUGCCCGGCGAUGCGACACAUCAAGCCAUGUACGUGGACGUCGGUGACUCUUCGUCCGUGCAGACACUCUUCAAGGGCAUCGGGGACGCGUAUUCCGAGCCGCUAAGCAUAGUGGUGAACGCGGCUGGAAUACUGCGCCCGGUUCCGAUCCUCGAGUGUACCGACGAGUUGUUCGAUGACAUCAUCAGGGUUAACCUAAGGGGUACCUUUCUGGUCACUCGGGAAGCAAGCCGCUACAUGCUGCGGUCCGGCAUACCGCUACCCGAAGGCGGAGCGGCCAUCGUGAACAUAGCCAGCAUCGCGGCCAAGAUCGGCUCAGCAACGUCCGCCGCGUACCCUGCUUCCAAAGCGGGCGUAGUGGCCUUCACCAAGUCGGCAGCACAGGAACUGGCACCUCACGGCAUUCGCAGCAACGUCGUGCUGCCCUCUUUCACGGACACGAGCUUGUUGGCCAAUGCUCCUCCCGGCCGCAUAGAUGCGUGCCUGUCGAUUACCCCUCUGAAGAGGAUCGCUCAGCCGCGAGAGGUCGCGGAGGCAAUCAAGUUUCUUUGCUCGCCAACUGCCAGCUCCUACGUCUCGGGCGCAGCACUUGAGGUCACUGGAGGCUUCUACAUGUGACGUGGGUCAAUUGAAUUGGGGCCGUUACAGCAUAUGGUAGAAAGCAGGUGCCUUAGAAUUAGGAGGAAAUGGUUGCAUUUAUAAAAUAAAAGAGUAACGGGGCACCUACCCGUCAUAUUUUCCUGAGAUCGCUCAAAAAGGGUCUAGUACGGGCACAACCAUACGCAUGACCUAAAA